AUGGAGGAAGAGGAGGAUGAGACGUGCUUCGCUGAAGGCUGCUCAGACGGUUAUUGUACAGAACAGAAGAAACCAAAAGUCUUCUUCCUCAUGGGAGGCCCGGGAUCAGGGAAGUCUGUCCAAUCAGAGCGUCUGGAGGAGAGGUUCGGCCUCAGACGCCUGAACGUGGGAGACCUGCUGUGCAACGAGCUGCAGAGCCACAGCAGUAGGGGGCGCCACCUGCGAGACACGCUGGAGAGAGGAGAGCCACUGCCACAGACACGCUGGAGAGAGGAGAGCCACUGCCACAGGUACGAAGCACAGGUACAACAGACACGCUGGAGAGAGGAGAGCCACUGCCACAGGUACGAAGCACAGGUACAACAGACACGCUGGAGAGAGGAGAGCCACUGCCACAGGUACGAAGCACAGGUACAACAGACACGCUGGAGAGAGGAGAGCCACUGCCACAGGUACGAAGCACAGGUACAACAGACACGCUGGAGAGAGGAGAGCCACUGCCACAGGUACGAAGCACAGGUACAACAGACACGCUGGAGAGAGGAGAGCCACUGCCACAGGUACGAAGCACAGGUACAACAGACAAGCUGGAGAGAGGAGAGCCACUGCCACAGGUACGAAGCACAGGUACAACAGACACGCUGGAGAGAGGAGAGCCACUGCCACAGGUACGAAGCACAGGUACAACAGACACGCUGGAGAGAGGAGAGCUACUGCCACAGGUACGAAGCACAGGUACAACAGACACGCUGGAGAGAGGAGAGCCACUGCCACAGGUACGAAGCACAGGUACAACAGACACGCUGGAGAGAGGAGAGCCACUGCCACAGGUACGAAGCACAGGUACAACAGACACGCUGGAGAGAGGAGAGCCACUGCCACAGGUACGAAGCACAGGUACAACAGACAAGCUGGAGAGAGGAGAGCCACUGCCACAGGUACGAAGCACAGGUACAACAGACACGCUGGAGAGAGGAGAGCCACUGCCACAGGUACGAAGCACAGGUACAACAGACACGCUGGAGAGAGGAGAGCCACUGCCACAGGUACGAAGCACAGGUACAACAGACACGCUGGAGAGAGGAGAGCCACUGCCACAGGUACGAAGCACAGGUACAACAGACACGCUGGAGAGAGGAGAGCCACUGCCACAGGUACGAAGCACAGGUACAACAGACACGCUGGAGAGAGGAGAGCCACUGCCACAGGUACGAAGCACAGGUACAACAGACACGCUGGAGAGAGGAGAGCCACUGCCACAGGUACGAAGCACAGGUACAACAGACACGCUGGAGAGAGGAGAGCCACUGCCACAGGUACGAAGCACAGGUACAACAGACACGCUGGAGAGAGGAGAGCCACUGCCACAGGUACGAAGCACAGGUACAACAGACAAGCUGGAGAGAGGAGAGCCACUGCCACAGGUACGAAGCACAGGUACAACAGACACGCUGGAGAGAGGAGAGCCACUGCCACAGGUACGGAGCACAGGUACAACAGACACGCUGGAGAGAGGAGAGCCACUGCCACAGGUACGAAGCACAGGUACAACAGACACGCUGGAGAGAGGAGAGCCACUGCCACAGGUACGAAGCACAGGUACAACAGACACGCUGGAGAGAGGAGAGCCACUGCCACAGGUACGAAGCACAGGUACAACAGACACGCUGGAGAGAGGAGAGCCACUGCCACAGGUACGAAGCACAGGUACAACAGACAAGCUGGAGAGAGGAGAGCCACUGCCACAGGUACGAAGCACAGGUACAACAGACACGCUGGAGAGAGGAGAGCCACUGCCACAGGUACGAAGCACAGGUACAACAGACACGCUGGAGAGAGGAGAGCUACUGCCACAGGUACGAAGCACAGGUACAACAGACACGCUGGAGAGAGGAGAGCCACUGCCACAGGUACGAAGCACAGGUACAACAGACACGCUGGAGAGAGGAGAGCCACUGCCACAGGUACGAAGCACAGGUACAACAGACACGCUGGAGAGAGGAGAGCCACUGCCACAGGUACGAAGCACAGGUACAACAGACAAGCUGGAGAGAGGAGAGCCACUGCCACAGGUACGAAGCACAGGUACAACAGACACGCUGGAGAGAGGAGAGCCACUGCCACAGGUACGAAGCACAGGUACAACAGACACGCUGGAGAGAGGAGAGCCACUGCCACAGGUACGAAGCACAGGUACAACAGACACGCUGGAGAGAGGAGAGCCACUGCCACAGGUACGAAGCACAGGUACAACAGACACGCUGGAGAGAGGAGAGCCACUGCCACAGGUACGAAGCACAGGUACAACAGACACGCUGGAGAGAGGAGAGCCACUGCCACAGGUACGAAGCACAGGUACAACAGACACGCUGGAGAGAGGAGAGCCACUGCCACAGGUACGAAGCACAGGUACAACAGACACGCUGGAGAGAGGAGAGCCACUGCCACAGGUACGAAGCACAGGUACAACAGACACGCUGGAGAGAGGAGAGCCACUGCCACAGGUACGAAGCACAGGUACAACAGACAAGCUGGAGAGAGGAGAGCCACUGCCACAGGUACGAAGCACAGGUACAACAGACACGCUGGAGAGAGGAGAGCCACUGCCACAGGUACGGAGCACAGGUACAACAGACACGCUGGAGAGAGGAGAGCCACUGCCACAGGUACGAAGCACAGGUACAACAGACACGCUGGAGAGAGGAGAGCCACUGCCACAGGUACGAAGCACAGGUACAACAGACACGCUGGAGAGAGAAGAGCCACUGCCACAGGUACGAAGCACAGGUACAACAGACACGCUGGAGAGAGGAGAGCCACUGCCACAGGUACGAAGCACAGGUACAACAGACACGCUGGAGAGAGGAGAGCCACUGCCACAGGUACGAAGCACAGGUACAACAGACACGCUGGAGAGAGGAGAGCCACUGCCACAGGUACGAAGCACAGGUACAACAGACACGCUGGAGAGAGGAGAGCCACUGCCACAGGUACGAAGCACAGGUACAACAGACACGCUGGAGAGAGGAGAGCCACUGCCACAGGUACGAAGCACAGGUACAACAGACACGCUGGAGAGAGGAGAGCCACUGCCACAGGUACGAAGCACAGGUACAACAGACACGCUGGAGAGAGGAGAGCCACUGCCACAGGUACGAAGCACAGGUACAACAGACACGCUGGAGAGAGGAGAGUCACUGCCACAGGUACGAAGCACAGGUACAACAGACACGCUGGAGAGAGGAGAGCCACUGCCACAGGUACGAAGCACAGGUACAACAGACACGCUGGAGAGAGGAGAGUCACUGCCACAGGUACGAAGCACAGGUACAACAGACACGCUGGAGAGAGGAGAGCCACUGCCACAGGUACGAAGCACAGGUACAACAGACACGCUGGAGAGAGGAGAGCCACUGCCACAGGUACGAAGCACAGGUACAACAGACACGCUGGAGAGAGGAGAGCCACUGCCACAGGUACAAAGCACAGGUACAACAGACACGCUGGAGAGAGGAGAGCCACUGCCACAGGUACGAAGCACAGGUACAACAGACACGCUGGAGAGAGGAGAGCCACUGCCACAGGUACGAAGCACAGGUACAACAGACACGCUGGAGAGAGGAGAGCCACUGCCACAGGUACGAAGCACAGGUACAACAGACACGCUGGAGAGAGGAGAGCCACUGCCACAGGUACGAAGCACAGGUACAACAGACACGCUGGAGAGAGGAGAGCCACUGCCACAGGUACGAAGCACAGGUACAACAGACACGCUGGAGAGAGGAGAGCCACUGCCACAGGUACGAAGCACAGGUACAACAGACACGCUGGAGAGAGGAGAGCCACUGCCACAGGUACGAAGCACAGGUACAACAGACACGCUGGAGAGAGGAGAGUCACUGCCACAGGUACGAAGCACAGGUACAACAGACACGCUGGAGAGAGGAGAGCCACUGCCACAGGUACGAAGCACAGGUACAACAGACACGCUGGAGAGAGGAGAGCCACUGCCACAGGUACGAAGCACAGGUACAACAGACACGCUGGAGAGAGGAGAGCCACUGCCACAGGUACGAAGCACAGGUACAACAGACACGCUGGAGAGAGGAGAGCCACUGCCACAGGUACGAAGCACAGGUACAACAGACACGCUGGAGAGAGGAGAGCCACUGCCACAAGUAG